AUGUUUCCUUCCACUAAGAAGAAAGUCGUGAGGACCUACUCGCGACAAACAAAACGGCCGCUCUACGAUGAAGAACCACCCGCUAAGCGCAGACGCGUCGAGGACGCCGAUGUCAAAUCUACAACGCCAGCAAUACCGGUGCCAGAAGCACCGGCCAAAACCACUUCGCCUACACGUACACGUUCUGCGCCCCUGAGCUCAAGUCCGCGACCAUCACCACCGACCUUUUCAGAUGCGCCAACACGAUCGUCCCCUCCGUCGUCACCAGCGCUAGAGAGCUCCCCUCCUCCAGAAACGAAGAGACGGCCCAUAUUCUCGCUGUUCAAGAGGAAGCUGAAACACAGCGUUUCUGCGCCCGAGGGUUUGUCCGAACGCAGCCACAAUGCUCAAAGCCCACCGAAACCCGCACCGGCCAAGAAGAAGCGCAUGGUGCAGAUGCAACUGGACCUAGUCGGGCAGCACCGCAAGGCCUGCAAGACCUGCGGCAUGGAGUACAUACCGUCAAAUGUCGAGGAUGUGGCCUUGCACAAGAAGUUCCACGCCAUGAACUUCGGCGGUGUCGACUGCACCAAAGCCAUGGUCGAGCGAUUGCGACAGAAGCAGAUCUGGAGUGGAGGCGAGGCGAGCUUCAUAGCUGUUGUUGGGCGGAGAGAUGCUCUUGCGCUGCGCAACAAGGCGAGUGACGUGCUGAAGGUUGUCAACACGGAGCUUGCGGCGGUGCCUAUCACGGAUGAGGAGCUCUGGAGUCAGACAAUGCUAUCUGCCAGCACGGAAGAUGCCGGAGCAGAUUCAGCGGCCAGCGAGUGGUGCGACAGAUACAAGGUCUACAUCCAUAUCCGGGGACAGAAAUGCGUGGCUGCAUGUCUGGCGGAGAGGAUACAGGAAGCUUACGCUGUGUUGGCUCAGGAUAAGGCGUCUGAGCAGCCAGCGCAGACCCUCGCCGAGUCCCAGAGCUCGUCCAUCUCUAUCAGCACAACGGCAGACAAGGUCCUUCUAGGCAUCUCAAGGAUUUGGGUAUCCAGUCAGUUCCGAAAACAAGGCCUUGCGCGGAGAUUACUAGAAAGCACAAGGAGUGACUUCAUGUACGGCCUGAGUGUGGACAAGCAUCUCAUGGCUUUCAGCCAGCCAACAGAGAGUGGAGGGAAGCUGGCCCGCACGUACUUCGGGAGUGAAGCGGGCUGGCAUGUGUACAUGGACUAA